AUGAGCAACCAUACCGUCAUGCGGGGGUUUUUGGAAUCCCUUCGAAUCGGUUACCCGAUCCUCCUUCUUGUUGUGUUUGCGUCGGCCUUCGUGGCCAGCUCGAUCAUAACUGCCAGAACGGCAAAUCGAAAUCUCUGUACUCCACAGACGGGCCCGGGAGGCCGUCCGCUCCCCAAGCGGUCGAGAAGCACAGUGGCUGUGGUAAAAGCGCCGCAAAAUUUUUCCCGAAACGCGAAACUAUGCUUCAAGUUGCUCUCCUUUGCUAUCCUCGUUACGCUGGUGGCGGAGGCUGCCUUGAACGUAGCUCAUGUGAUGCUUGCCAGAUCGCAGCAAUGGUGGUGCGGCCAAGCCGUAGUGAUCUACAUCGUUGGGUCCUUCUUUGACUACUCCAUCAUCCUCGUUUCUCUGCUCGAUACCGAACCGUCCCCGACGUUUGCCCAGUUUGUGCCAUGGCUGAUAGCCGCGCCCAUCGAACUGGCGAUACUUGGACUUUCGGUCUCAAUCUAUUCUCGCCCCCAUCAUGAAUCUGUGGUGGGCGAUCCAACUGGUGGCAGGUUACGAAGAGGCGUCACGCCUUGGGAGGCCGCGGGAUUUGUUUGCAACAGCAUCCGUCUCUUGAUUUUACUCAUUCUGGUCAUGCUUUACGCAUGCAGUUCCCUGAGGUCAUCGUCUUUUGGCCGUAAAACGCCCCGUAUGAAUGGGGCCAAUGGUAUCAACGCGGAGGGAGCAACAGAAACUACGGGGCUUCUUAGUUCCGGUACCGAGAAUGGCCACGCCUAUGGAGCAGCAAAUGGGAAUGGCGUUAGUGGUGACCACCAGAAGCCCAAACCGGCAGACCCCUGGGUGCGGCCGACGACUCAACCAUCCACUAGCUGGUGGGAAUACCUCAGCGGAUAUUCUUUAUUCUUUCCAUAUCUUUGGCCAUCCAAGUCUCGCCGUCUGCAGAUUGUGGUCCUCAUUUGCUUCAUCCUGAUUGUUCUACAGCGUGUCGUCAACGUUCUCGUCCCUUAUCAAGUCGGCGUGAUCACCAGGAAGCUAUCCCAACAGGGCGACGAAUUCAGUGUACCAUGGUUCGAUAUCUGUCUGUACAUUUUGUUCAGGUGGCUUCAAGGUAACCAGGGCCUUAUCGGGUCUCUACGUUCCAGCUUAUGGAUUCCUGUGAGCCAAUAUUCUUAUAUGGAACUUUCGACCGCUGCUUUCGAACACGUUCAUAGCCUGAGUUUGGACUUCCACCUCGGGAAGAAGACUGGCGAGGUUCUUUCGGCUCUUAGUAAAGGCAGUUCGAUCAACACCUUCCUAGAGCAAGUUACUUUCCAAGUGGUUCCGAUGUUGGUCGAUCUAUGCGUCGCGAUUGUCUACUUCCUUAUUGCGCUAGACGCAUAUUAUGCUCUCGUGGUCACAAUCGUGACUUUCUGCUAUCUUUACGUGACCAUUCGUAUGGCUCAGUGGAGAGCGGAGAUCCGAAGACAGAUGGUUAAUUCAUCUCGACAAGAAGACGCCGUAAAGAACGAUUCAAUGGUGUCGUACGAAACGGUCAAAUACUUUAACGCGGAAGACUAUGAAUUUGGAAGGUAUCGGGGAGCAGUAGCUGACUUCCAGGCGGCCGAAUACCACGUUCUCUUCUCGCUCAAUCUUAUGAACACUACGCAAAACACCAUUUUUAUGCUUGGGCUGUUGAUCGCUUGCUUCAUGGCCGCAUACCAAGUCUCUCUGGGCCAACGAGAUGUAGGUCAGUUUGUUGGGCUUCUUACAUAUAUGGCGCAACUGCAGGGCCCACUCAAUUUCUUUGGAACUUUCUAUCGUUCAAUUCAGUCUGCUUUGAUCAACUCGGAGCGAUUGCUAGAAUUGUUUAGGGAGCAGCCUACGGUUGUCGACAGGCCCAACGCUCGGCCAUUGCCGAUUUGCAAGGGAGACAUCAAAUUUGACAACGUCGAAUUUUCCUACGACGCUCGUAAACCGGCGUUGAAUGGUCUUACAUUCCACUGUGAGCCUGGUACCACAACUGCACUGGUUGGUGAGUCUGGUGGUGGGAAGUCGACUGUCUUCCGCCUGCUUUUCCGAUUCUACAAUUCUGAAAGAGGCCGCAUCCUAGUUGAUGGACACGAUGUGGGAGGCACCACCAUUGACUCACUUCGAAAGCACAUCGGAGUUGUGCCUCAGGACACUGUUCUCUUCAACGAGACUUUGAUGUAUAACUUGAAAUACGCCAACCCAGAUGUCUCAGAUGAAGAUGUCUAUGAGGCAUGUCGGGCUGCCAGUAUCCAUGAUAAGAUCAUCUCAUUCCCGGAUGGUUACAACACCAAAGUUGGUGAGCGCGGAUUACGGCUCAGUGGCGGAGAAAAACAGCGAGUAGCAAUUGCUCGGACCAUUCUUAAGAACCCUCGGAUCAUUCUCUUAGAUGAGGCCACUGCUGCGCUCGACACCGAGACAGAAGAACACAUUCAGAGUGCACUGUCCACUCUUUCUCGCGGCCGUACAAUGCUCGUCAUUGCACACCGACUGAGCACUAUCACAACGGCGGACCGUAUUCUGGUCCUCAGCGAAGGAAAGGUUUCAGAAAGCGGAACACAUGACCAACUACUUGCAAUGAAGGGCCGAUAUGCAAGCAUGUGGCGCAAGCAGAUCCGCGCUCAACGAGCAGCGGCAGAGGCUCAGGUGCUGCAAAACCGAGCCCAACGAUUACGCAGUGCGUCCACUUCGGCCGCCGCUGAGGACAGCUCUAGCCAGUCCGAUGAGGAACGCAACAGUAACCGUGGCGCAAAUGUGAACCGGCAAGCACCAACCCACCACCCUUAG